AUGGCAGGACGCCGUUACGCCGAUGAUGUGUCUGUCGACCGUUACGAAGACCGCCGAGAAAGUUACAUCUCACGGAAUGGUCGACGAUACUAUGAUGACCGUUUCGUCGAGGAAGACGUAGACUAUCGCCGCCCCACGCCUGUGCCCGUGCGUGAGCGGGAAAGAGAAACCAUUGUGCGAGAAGAAAUCCGUGAACGACCAGGCUCUACACCUGCUUUUCUACAAGAAGGUUAUGGCCGAACCUCCGCUGGGCCAGUGGUCCUGCGGAAGCGAGAACAAGAAGACUUCGAGUUCGCUGCUCGGGUUCGUCGGCGAUCCCCUUCUCCCCAGCCAGAGAGGAAGAUCGAAAAGGAGGAGAUCAUCAUCAGGAAAGACGAGUCAGAAUCAAGGCCACCUCCUCGGCGGGAACGAGAAGUGGAGCGUGACGAGAUCAUCAUCCGCCGAGACGAGCGAGAGCCCGAGCGCAGACUUCCACCUCCUCAACGUGACCGGGAUCGGGAGGAAAUCAUCAUCCGACGGGACGAACGAGAACGAGAGGUGCGGCCGCCACCGCCCAGGGAAGUGAACUCUUCCCGAGAGGAAAUUGUUAUUCGCCGAGAUGAACGAGAGCGCGAGGUGCGGCCACCGCCGCCUAGAGAAGUCAACUCCUCGAGAGAGGAAAUCGUCAUUCGUCGCGAUGAGAGUGACCGACGAUCUCGCUAUGACGACUAUGACGAUGUAGUCUCCAGGCGAGGAGGUGAUUACGAUCGGAGAUCCGUCCGAGGCGACGUCGACAGGCAAGAAAUCAUCAUCCGGCGCGACGAACAGAAUCUCGAGCCCCGCCGAUACGAGGACUAUGCGUUGGCUCGCCCCAAAUCUCAUGAACGAGCGAGGUCCAGAGCUCGACGCUCGAGUAGUGCUUCAAAUGAUGAAAUCAUCAUCAGGCAACAGGAGCGCGAGGGACGCAGCGGCACUCGCAACCAACAGGAAAUCAUCAUUCGCAAGAGCUCUCGCUCCAGGUCUCCUGCCACCUCGGUGACUUCGGCUCGCACUGCGCCCAUGAUGCCCCCUGCGCCUCUUCCUCCUCCAGAGCCUCCGAUCAUCAAUGCCCCUACCAUUCAUCAAGAGGUCAUAACGCAUCAUCGCCAUAUCGACCAUGGCUUUGAAGUCGCCAUCCCAACUCGGCCACGGGUGAUUUCACGGCCACCAUCGCCGCCAAGCCCGCCCCUGGCUCCCCCUCCACCAGUACGAGCUCGAUCAGAAGAGCGUAUUGAGAUCAGCAGAACCCAAACCAGGAAUGGUCGUACGGAGAAUGAGGAUAUUGUGAUAGAUCGCAGGGACGGUCCAGCCAGCCCGAAAAGCGUUGCUGCACCGUAUACUCCCCCGCCGGCACGUGAACUCUAUUACGAGCCUCCACCCCCUCGUCGUGAGGUUUAUCGUGGCUAUGAACGGGACGUGCAAGAAGAAGCAGAGUACUAUAAUGCUCGUGCCAUGGAUCGAGCUUACGUCGGCGAAGCGUACCAUGGAGCUACCCGCGACUGGGAAAUUGUGGAUGUUCCUCCGGGUACUCGUCGCGUUCGAAUGGAUGGGCUUGGAGGGGCGAGUCAGGAGAUUACCUGGCAGAGAUACAACGGUGUGCGAAGGAGCAAGUUCAUGCCAGAUGGAGUUGAUGAGCGUUACGACAGUGCAGUUGCGAGACCCCUUCCAGCGCCAGCACCCGCACCUGUGCUGCCUGCACCGCUCCCCGCACCGAUCCCUGUUCAUCCGCCAGCUCCGCUGCCAUCGUCGAACGGAGAGAUUGGCCGUCGUUAUGGAAAGGAGCGGGAUCCCAAGGAAGGCCUAUGGACCGAGGUCACCAAGGAUCUCGUUGUCAAGGAAGCGAUUCAGGAGAUGGGGUAUGAGUUUGAGGAGACUGACGAUUUUUACUAUAUCAUCGCCUAUCUGCGCUACGAAGAUAUUGCUCGUCUAGUUGGUCUGUCCGAUGACAUCCGCAAAGAGCGUCGUAAGCGAAUCAAGGAGAUUGAAUGGGAAAAUCGAGUCCUCCCUCCCGCCAUUGAAGAACCAGCGCCACGCCCACUCGCCAUCGAGCCUCCUCCACCGCGCCAUCGCCAGGACUGGGAUCGAGAGGAAGAGCGCUUUAUUGAGCGGGAAGUCGUCUACCGAGGGGGUCGGCCACCUCCACCACCCGGUUGGAGACGUUGA